GCGAAAUUCAACAUGCGAUUCGCAACUCUUUCUUCGUCGUCAACUGUUGGAAGAUCCUCAUCUCCUCCUUUUUAGUUUUACACCACUCUCCCUUUCGUUCACUCUUGGCCACUGUGAUCCUUGACUUCCAUAUCCAUUUCUCUCCAAACCUCCUAUAUAUUUGUAGCUGAGCUUCACCCAAAAAGCAAUGGCUGGCAAAGAAAUCUUACACAAGAUGAAGGAAAAAGUUGGAUUAUGUUCAUCUACAGCCUCUGGAAAGGGCAAGAGUAAGAUGUCAAAGAAUGUAACACAUGGCUUUCACUUGGUGAAGGGAAAAUCACAUCAUGCCAUGGAAGAUUAUGUUGUUGCUCAAUUUAAGCAAGCUGGUAACAAUGAGCUUGGUUUGUUUGCCAUAUUUGAUGGUCAUCUGAGCCAUGUUAUUCCUGAUUAUUUGAGAUUGAAUUUGUUUGACAAUAUCUUAAAAGAGCCAGACUUCUGGAAAGAGCCAGAAAAUGCCAUGAGGAGAGCAUAUCAUAUUACUGAUACUACUAUUUUGGACAAAUCAGCUGAUUUGGGUAGGGGGGGUUCUACUGCAGUCACGGCAAUAUUAAUCAACUGUCAGAUGCUGGUAGUGGCCAAUGUUGGUGAUUCUCGAGCUGUUAUCUGCAAGAAUGGCAUGGCCAAGCAACUCUCUGUUGAUCAUGAACCAAGUGUAGAAAGGAAGGAUAUUGAGAACAGAGGUGGUUUUGUAUCCAAUUUCCCAGGGGAUGUUCCACGUGUUGAUGGGCAAUUGGCGGUGGCAAGGGCAUUUGGUGACAAGAGCUUGAAAAAGCAUCUUAGCUCAGAGCCGGAUAUCACAAAGGAAGUGAUUGAUGAGGACACAGAAUUUAUUAUCUUAGCUAGUGAUGGAUUGUGGAAGGUGAUGUCAAACCAGGAAGCAGCAGAUGCUAUUAAGGACAUAAAGGACGCUCGUUUGGCAGCAAAACACCUUGUAGAAGAGGCACUUAAUAGGAAGAGCAAAGAUGACAUUUCCUGCAUAGUUGUAAAAUUUCAGUGAUCUCUGAACUCCUCUUGGAUUAUUCGUUUGAUGAAUAAUUCCCAGAUACCUGUAAUUUUCCUGUAACAUUAAUAAACCUUGUAAUAUUUAUUUUCUGCCUCUUCUGUAGUAGUUCUGGUCUUCUAUUGCAGGAAGAGCUUGCCUGCUGUAUUUGGAAGUUGGAGUACAGAUUUCUGGUUUUGAUCUUCUCAUCAACUGUUGAUAGUAAUGUAAGGGGUUGAGCUUGCUGGUUCUUGGGUUCUUGUC